GGGGGUCAGCGUUCAUAGUAGCGGAAGUCACGGGCAAUAUGGGCAACGCCAGGGUGGCAUGGGAGCGUCCUCCAUGCUUCAGCAAGCUAGUGGUCAGGGACGAGUGCAUAUGCAUAUCGCGGCCCAUCAUAGGCGUCUGGGAGGGAAUAAUCGGGAUAGGGUCUCACCGUUUAGUCAGCAUUCCUCGUGCUCGAGUGACAGCUUCGACGAUCCAGCGUUCGCUAGCGUCCCCUCGCAUGAACUUAGUUAUAUGCCACCUGCGGGUUCCGAAUGGUGUCCAUUGGUGAGCGGCACUAAUACUCCUCUGCAACCAUCAGCAGGGGUACCUGUAUCGUCGUAUGCUUAUGCUCAGCAAGAACUAGGUACUAGUAGGCGUCACCCUCUGGACCCGAGUCCUCUGAGAUCGUCUUCAAAUCCUAGUGAUGUGAGCUCCCCGAUUCAACACCAACAACAGCAGCAUGGGAGCAUGCCUUUCCCGACUGACGACGGCACUGAUCUUGGUAUCUACAUACAGGAACAACUACAACAUAUAAGUCCUGCUAGAGGUAACUCAGGAGUUGAUGAAUCACUCGGUGGUGGCCGACAGGGCAGUAGUAACCUCCUUGGUGGGCAAAGGACCGGGCGUCUGGGCAGCGACACACCGGUAGGACUGCAAGGAAAGGAGAAUGGUGAAGUACCCGAGCACCGAUUGAGAGAGUGACUUCCAUCAUAAUUCGAUAUCAUGCAUUGAUCAGUGAAAAUGGGCAACGACCUUUUCCGACC